UAACUCCCACCGUCGUCACCGUUAUCGUUAACGUUUGGAACGCGUAAACAAAACGUUUAACAGUCGUUCGCAUGUAGCGGCAGUUCGAUGUUAUUCGCUCGACAAUAUCAACACAGCUAAAUCAACAGUAAUUUAAUGUACGUCUACGUGCGAAUAUUUGCAUUGCACCAUUACACCGCGUGUAGAACUUAACAACCAGCUCGUCUCCGUCAGCUGAUUUUGAUGUGAAACUAUAUUCCUACGUGUUCUUUGAGUUUCCAUUUUUCUGUUCGUAUCGUAAUGACGUGGUUCGUUGAUCGCUAUUACUGUAACUCCGUGAGUCGCCGUACGUUUUCUGCGGUACAAUCAUCAACUCCGCUAAAAAAAUCAUCUUCUUCGACUGGUCCGCCUCGGUGUGCAUUCGCAUUACCACCAGUGUUUGGGUUUGAACGCAAAAUCAACUGGAACGUCAGGUUCUUGUCCUACUAUUGAUAUCAGCAGUGUCCCAACGUUGCGAUGCUCAUCAUGCACGGAUUUGACUAUGAGUAUGCGCUCCGCGUAUCUGCUUCAGCGUGCACCUGCGCCCAGUUCUUGUCCGGAUUUUUGAUAUGCAUCGAUUUUAUGAAGAAAGGCAAAGUUUUAAAUGAAUCUGUUAUUCCAUUUGUUGCUGGAUUCCUGUCAUGUUCAUUGUGGCUGUAUUACGGUAUGAUAUUGGCCAACAGCACAUUGGUAUCUGUGAAUGCAUUUGGUUGUCUAUUGUUUGCUACAUACACGUGGAUAUAUUAUAGGUACACAUCAAAAAAAAAACGUGUCUUGCAUUACAUGGUAACAGCUAUAGUUAUCAUUAUAUGGAUUGUGUACAUUACUGAUGUUGAUGUACACCAAGAGUCAUUAAAUUCCCUGACACCAGCAGAACUAUACAAACUUGAAAUCAAUGAAAAUGUGGCAGUAACAUCUUUGGAUUCAAAAAAACCCAACCCUGUCAUAAUUUCAACAACUACUAAUGAUGCUAUAGACCGUGUUGGAUUUUUAUGUUGUUUAACAACCAUGUUAUUUUUUGCAGCACCAUUAUCCAAUUUAAUACAUGUAAUCAGAACAAAAAAUACAGAGUCAAUGCCCAUGCCAUUAAUCGUAAUGACAUUCCUUGUUUCGGCUCAAUGGUUGGUCUAUGGAAAAAUGUUACGUGAUAAGUUUAUUAUGUAUCCAAAUGCUGUUGGCUGUGUGCUUUCUGUGAUCCAACUAGGUCUAUUUAUUGUAUAUCCAAGGAGAUCUUCUGUAGCAUUAGUCACUGACCACAUCAAUCAACAUCCAUAUCCCUAUAUUAAAUUGAUGGAUGCAUAAAUGUACAAUUUGCUUUGGCAAUAUCUAAAAGUCCUAUUUAAAGACUAUUAUUGUUGCUAUCUUUAUGUGGUGUUGUAUUAAUAUAAUAAGUUCAAUACAAUAUUUCUAACAUUCCAUUACAAGUUAAAUAGUUAUUAUUAUUAAUGAGUAUGUUAAAUGCUACAUUUGUGAUAUUUAUUUUAAUUUAAUUAAAAUUCUAUUGAAUUUCCUUGUGAUUUGACUAUGAAUAUUAAUAUAAGUGGUAAAUUAUGUUGUCAAAUG